AUAUCUCAAAUAAUUCUUGAUUGUCAAAACCUAAUUACUUUCUUAGAUAAUCUUCCAAAUCUGCCAAAAUCAUCUAAGUCCACAAUCAUUGGUUGUAGCUCUGAUUAAGAAAGCAGAAAUCCAGAACUGUCAAGCUGUUAACGUAACAAGGCCGAUAGUGCAACAUAUCACUAGUAAAUACACCUUGGCCAUACCAACCGAAAUGAACCUUGAAAUGUAGAAGCUCUGCCAAAAUAAUGGAAUCGCAUUUAUAAAUAACCCCAGCUUAAUUGAAAUUCCAUUAAAAUGUGUAAUAAUUAUGGAAACCAUCCAAAUGUGGAACAAGGAAGAGUCAAUCGAAGGAAGACCUCUUUCUCUACCUCCAAUCAAUAUCGAAACAUUGACGUCACCCAUAAGGAACAAAACAGUCCUCAAAAUGAAUUCCGUAGAUCUGGACAAAAUAAAGGAUCUCAACAAUCAGAAUUACUGAUGCACAUCAAACCUGAAGCUAUCCAUUCGCUAUCUGGAGUAUGGCUACCAUAUUGUACCACGUUAGUUCUCAUCAUCAUCGCUCUAACAGUAAUUUGGCAACUCUACAGAAGAAGAGGUACCCAACUUCGUGAAGUCAUCCAAGAAAGAAUUAUCCAGAAAUCCGAAAACAAACCUCAAUCCGUAUUGUUAUGUGACAAAGUUGCAGAGUUGUUUUUAAUUACCUAG